AUGCCUUCAACGGUCUUUGGACAUCCCCCGCAUGAUAGUCAUGGGGGAGACUGUAUGUCUGUCUGGAAUCCCCCGCUGUUCCGGCCAUGGGAUCCUUCAUUUUCACCUUCGCCCAUCUUUCUUCGGAAAUCUUUUCAAAGGUUUUCAUGUCAUCUUGCCACAAAAGAGCUGCAGAUUCUUUCUUCGCCUCCUCUUGACUCGGCUACUGUCACCUUGGCCCUCAUCAUCGUCAUCUUAUCUCCCAAUGGCCAGCAUGUCGAUGUCCAUUGGGGACAUACAUGCCGCUCAUGGCUCAACCGUUAUUGCAGGAAGCAACCAUGCGAGCAUGCGAAAGACGAUCUGACAAGAUGCGUCGACGCCCUUUUCAUCACGGCCGAGGACAAGUAUCGAACGUGGUUAGAGUCUGAAGAGUCAGAACUGUUAUGCAUAUCCGGUGGCCCCGGCACGGGGAAGACGAUGCUCUCCAUUUUCCUCAUCGGAGAGUUUCAGGGUCUCACGCAAUCUCCGUCCGGAAAUCUUGUGUACCAAUUUUGCAACCGUCACGAUCCAAGAAGAAAUACAGCGACAUCGGUCCUACGAACUUGGCUUCACGACAUUUUCACAAGGAAUCCGGCUCUCGCCAAAUAUGCUGCCAAAAGUAUGACACGCGAAGGGAGAAUGGAGUACGCAUUAGGGUCACUCGGUACUCUAUGGGAAAUCUUCGCUCAUACACUGAAUGACCCCGACCUGGGCCCCCUUUACUGCGUUCUUGAUGGGGUUGACGAAUGCCCCGAAGGCGAUAAGAAAUGGCUUGUCGGAAAGAUUCAGACUCUCUUCGAAUACCGCUCCAGAGCUUGUCACCAGGCUCCCAAUAUCUUGAAGAUCGUCAUUCUCAGCGGUGGGAUUGAAGGCGUUCGAGGUUCUCAUUACAUGAACUUGGACCAAUCUUCAGGUAGGGGGCUGCGGGCCUUGAAUCCUGGUCUCGACUACAGUCCGAUAUAUCUCGGUGAGCAUCAAGACGACGUUUGGCUGGUUAUCAAGGCUAGGCUUGAAAAUCAUCCGAAGGUCGAAAAGUUCAACAAACACUUUUGGCGUGACUUGGGACGCGAACUCUAUAAACGCUCCGAAGGACUCUUCUCAUGGGUUGGCUUCAUGCUUGACGAGAUCGCAUCGAAGAAAUCAGAGUCAGAGAUUUGGAAGACGCUGGAAAAAGCGCCACGUGGUCUUCGUCCAGUUUACUCACGUCUUCUCUCACAGAUAGGCGAUGAAUCCCGCCUAGAGAUCAGCAAUGCUCUCUUUCCCGACAAAAAACACCGCAAAAGGGCUGACGAUGCCUGUGAAAGGAUUCGGGAUCUAGUCACGGAUUCUUAUCCACUGAUGAGAUUCACAAAGAAUAAGGAUUGGAUGUUUCGUCCGAAAAACAACGACAACACCUACAUCGUCCUGUAUCAUCGGUCAUUGGCGGAUCAUCUUCUGGAGAUCGACGUCCACGACGCUGACUUGAAUCCCAAGAUCAGAAAUUUUCACAUCACACCAGAGAAAACACACUACGAAAUUGCCAAAAGAUGUCUCGAUAAUCUCCACGCUUGGUAUGAGCGCACCGAUGACGUUCACCACGGCUCCGAAUUCAACUGGGAACAUGAAGCCAAUGAACCCAGUUUUACGAUGCUGUGUGGCGAGGAGUCUCUGAAGUUUAUCAAGCCGAGACAUGCUUUCUUCGAAGAUGAGUCAACUUUCCGUACUGCUUGGUGGCUCGAGUAUGAUUCUGAGGGGAUUUUCAAAGACCGCAAGAGGAUAAAGGACCAUCAGGGUUUCAUGCUUGGCGCUUUGCACAUUUGUUCAGCCUUGGGCUUGCUCCCCAUGAUCCGCACGCUUUUGGAAGAAAACCUUAACGUUCAAUACCAUGUCAAUGAUCACCAACCGGGCUCGCGUACGGCUCUCGCCUAUGCUACCCAAUAUGGCCAGAGCGAGGCUGCCGAGUUGCUCGUUCGCAAUGGCGCUAGCCUCGUGAAUGAUGGUCAAGAGAGAAUUCCACACCUCACGGUCGAAUGCCCGCUCGUCAAUACCUUCAGACAUGGCAAUGAGCGGUUGGCUAGACUUUUUCUCAAUCAAGCCUGUGCCGAGAUGAAAGAUUCCCAAAAAGACAGACGUCUAGCAAGCUUCAACCUGAUCUGUGAGGCUACAAACGAAGAGUUCGUGAUGAUGGUCUUAGAAACCAUGAAUACUGAAGACAUCAGCAUCGAAUUCGGGCACAUUUUGUCCGAGGCGCUCGGCUGGAGACUGCACCAGAUCGGAAAGCUCAGGUGGCUUUGCCAUCGCAUCCGGAGCAAUCAGAACUAUUCUUGCAAGGUUUGGCGCAAAAACGAUACUGAACCUGGGACUUUUCUCAAGGUCGUCUGUUUUGCUUUGAAACAUCCCGGUCUUGUAGAAGAGCCCGUCACUAUUGUGAAGAGAUUCCUUCUUGACGGCGUUGAUGUCAACGAGGCCACUUCAUGCGGGUGGACAGCUCUGCAUCUUGUUGCCGCGCUUGGCAAAGACCAAUGGUGGGCAGUGGAAUUGACGCAGGAUUUGCUCGCUCGUGGCGCCCUAGUCAAUGCAGUCAUCGAGAAAGGCAGGCGUUGCGGCUGCAGGUUCUGUAAGUUCCUGAAUCGCCACUCUCAUGAAUCCCAAACCGCGACAAAGUGGCGGUAUAGUCUCAGCCCCUCAACAGAAGCUAUUGGCACCCUCGGCUUCGAAGCGGAAGCGGCAAAGUGGCGAUGA